AUGGCGGUAAAGGAAGUAUAUUAUUAUAGUUGUACUAGCUUAAGUACAGUAUGUUAUGGAGUACAAAGUCUACAAUGUACAACUCACAGACUAUCUUGUCCUAGUCCUCUAGUAAUACAGAUAAUAAAUACAUCAUAUGGAUAUAGACCAGAAUGUAAUGAUGUUCGUGGUAUAUCUGAUUGUAAUACAACAUGUUGUGACGAAGAACCUGAUGAUUGUUUCGUACCAUUUGAGACUCGUGAAGAACAACAAGUAUUAGAGAGGUGUAAUGGAAAUGUAAAUUGUUCACUACCAGGAUAUCGUAGAUAUAACACAGUUAAUACUGUAUGUUAUAGUAGCAAUGUUAGUGCUUACAGUAAAAUACAAUAUGAUUGUGUUACAAACGGUCCAUCUAUUAUCACUCAAACAACUGAAAAAAGUACAUCUGAGGUGACACAGACACCAGAGGAAAGCACUACCUCUUCUACCACACAAUAUUUACAGUCUCCUGUGGAACAAGGUGACAGUAUUGUUGGUGGAGUGUUGGGUACAUUAUUGAUCAUAUCUGUUAUUAUCAAUGUUGGUUUGGUUGUAUAUUUUGCAAGGAAAAUGAAAUCCUUGUCAUCUACACCAAGAGAAAAUAAUUAUGAUGGUAUAACUAAUACAGGACGAGAUCAAACAUUACCAACUUAUGAUGAUCUACAAGUUAAUUCUACUGCUAGUUCUGAUCAUGUUAACAAGACUAAAUCAAAUACUAGUUAUACUUAUUAUAAUACAAAAGGAGAAUCUUUAUCACGUAAUAUUGAUCCCUAUUAUGAGAAUAUGAAAAGGCCUUAA